GCCCCUCCUUGGCCACACAAAGGCCGGUCUCCAUGGCAGCAGCGCGGGCCGGAGCCCAGCGCCGAGCGCGGCCCGGCGCCAUCGAGCCUCGGCGGCGGACUCGCAGAGAAUCUUGAUGCCGGCCUGGAGCAGAAACUGACCUGGACCACUGGAGCCGCGGCUGCCGGGGGCCAUGGCACUGCUGCUCUGGGCCCUCACCCUCCUGGGCCUGGCGGGUGUGGGUUCGGGCCUGCGGCCCCGCAAGCUGGAGUCCUUCCGCAGCGAGACGGAGCUGAACCACCUGGUGGUGGACGGGGCCUCGGGCGUGGUGUACCUGGGCGCGGUGAACGCGCUGUACCAGCUGAGCGCCGACCUGCAGCUGGAGCAGCGGGCGGCCACGGGCCCGGCCCCGGACAACAAGAAGUGCACGCCGCCCAUCGAGGCCAGCCAGUGCCACGAGGCCAUGCUGACCGACAACGUCAACCAGCUGCUGCUGCUCGACCCGCCCCGGAGGCGCCUGGUGGAGUGUGGCAGCCUCUUCAAGGGCAUCUGCGCCCUGCGCUCCCUGAGCAACAUCUCCACGCGCCUCUUCUACGAGGACGGCAGCGGCGAGAAGUCGUUCGUGGCCAGCAAUGACGAGGGCGUGGCCACGGUGGGGCUGGUGAGCUCCACGGGCCCCGGCGGCGAGCGCGUGCUGUUUGUGGGCAAGGGCAACGGCCCCCACGACAACGGCGUCAUCGUGAGCACCCGCCUGCUGGACCGCGCCGACGGCCGGGAGGCCUUCGAGGCCUACACGGACCACGCCACCUACAAGGCCGGCUACCUGUCCACCAACACGCAGCAGUUCGUGGCGGCCUUCGAGGACGGCCCGUACGUGUUCUUCGUCUUCAACCAGCAGGACAAGCACCCGGCGCAGAACCGCACGUUGCUGGCACGCAUGUGCAAGCAGGACCCCUACUACUACUCCUACCUGGAGAUGGACCUGCAGUGCCGAGACCCCGGCGACGCCCAGGCCCCCGCCUUCGGCCUCUGCCUGGCGGCCUCCGUGGCCGCGCCCGGUGCGGGCAGGGUGCUCUACGCCGCGUUCAGCAGGGACGGCCGCGGCGGCGGGGGCCCCGGCUCGGGCCUCUGCCUCUUCCCCCUGGAGGAGGUCCACGCCAAGAUGGAGGCCAACCGCAAUGCCUGCUACACGGGCACCCGGGAGGCGGCCCGGGACACCUUCUACAAGCCCUUCCACGGCGAGAUCCAGUGCGGCGGCCACGUGCUGGGCGCCAGCCAGAGCUUCCCGUGUGGCUCGGAGCACCUGCCCUACCCGCUGGGCAGCCGGGACGGACUCACGGCCACGGCCGUGCUGCAGCGUGGGGGCCUGAACCUGACGGCCGUGACGGUGACUGCGGAGAACGGCCACACCAUUGCUUUCCUGGGCACCUCCGACGGCCGAAUCCUCAAGGUGUACCUGGCGCCGGACGGCACGUCCUCGGAGUACGGCUCCAUCCUUGUGGAGAUCAACAAGAGGAUCAAGCAGGACCUGGUGCUGUCCGGAGACCUGGCCAGCCUGUACGCCAUGACCCAGGACAAGGUGUUCCGGGCCCCGGUGCAGGAGUGUCUGAGCUACCCAACCUGCGAGCAGUGCCGCGACUCCCAGGACCCCUACUGUGGCUGGUGUGUCGUCGAGGGACGAUGCACCAGGAGGGCUGAGUGCCCGCGGGCGGAGGAGCCCAGCCACUGGCUGUGGAGCCGCAACAGGUCCUGCGUGGUGGUCACCGGCGCCGAGCCGCAGAACAUGAGCCGGCGCGCCCAGGGGGAGGUGCAGCUGGCCGUCAGCCCACUCCCCGCCCUGGGUGAGGACGACGCGCUCCUGUGCCUCUUUGGCGACUCGGCGCCGCACGCCGCACGCGUGGAGGGGGACGCCGUGGUCUGCAACUCGCCGAGCAGCAUCCCUGGCACGCCGCCGGGCCAGGAUCACGUGUCCGUGAGCAUCCAGCUCCGCUUCAGGCGUGGCGACAUCUUCCUCACCUCCCACGAGUACCCCUUCUACGACUGCCGGGAGGCCAUGAGCCUGGUGGAGAACCUGCCGUGCAUCUCCUGCGCCAGCAACCGCUGGACCUGCCAGUGGGACCUGCGCUACCAUGAGUGCCGCGAGGCCUCGCCCAACCCCGAGGACGGCAUCGUCCGCGCCCACACGGAGGACAGCUGCCCCCAGUUCCUGAACCCCAGCCCUGUGGUCAUCCCCAUGAACCAUGAGACGGAGGUGACCUUCCAGGGCAGGAACCUGGAAACGGUGAAGGGCUCCUCCCUGCACGCGGGCAGCGACCUGCUCAAGUUCGAGGAGCCAGUGCGCAUGCAGGAGUCGGGGACCUUUGUCUUCCGGACCCCAAAGUUGUCCCACGAUGCCAACGAGACGCUGCCCCUGCACCUGUACGUCAAGUCCUACGGCAAGAACAUCGACAGCAAGCUCCAAGUGACGCUCUACAACUGCUCCUUUGGCCGCAGCGACUGCAGCCUGUGCCUGGCGGCCGACCCCGCCUACAGGUGCGUGUGGUGCCGAGGGCAGGGCAGGUGCGUGUACGAGGCCCUGUGCGCCAACGCCACCUCCGAGUGCCCGCCGCCUGUCAUCACCCGGAUCCAGCCGGAGACGGGUCCGCUGGGCGGGGGCGUCCACGUCACCAUCCUCGGGUCCAACCUGGGCGUCAGGGCCGAUGACGUCAAGGGGGUCACCGUGGCCGGCCAGAACUGCGUCUUUGAGCCCGAGCGCUACUCCGUGUCCACCCAGAUUGUGUGCGUGGUCGAGGCUGCGGAGGCUCCGCUCACGGGUGGCGUGGAGGUGGACGUCAAUGGGAAACUGGGCCGUUCCCCCGACAGCGUCCAGUUCACCUUCCAACAGCCCGAGCCGCUGAGCGUGGAGCCCCGUCAGGGCCCGAAGGCCGGCGGCACCACGCUGACCAUCAACGGCACCCACCUGGACACAGGCUCCAAGGAAGACGUGCGGGUGACCCUCAACGGCGUCCCUUGCAAAGUGACACAGUUCGGGGCGCAGCUCCAGUGCGUCACAGGCCCCCAGGCGACUCUGGGCCAGGUGCCCCUCGAGAUCUCCUACGGGGGCUCCACUGUGCCCGGGCCCGGCAUCUUCUUCACCUACUGCGAGAACCCGGUCCUGCAGGCCUUCGAGCCCCUGCGUAGCUUCGUCAGCGGUGGCCGGAACAUCAGCGUCACCGGCCAGGGCUUCAGCCUGAUCCAGAGGUUCGCCAUGGUGGUCAUCGCGGAGCCCCUGCAGUCCUGGCGGCGGCGGCGGGAGGCCGGACCCCUGCAGCCCACCACGGUCACGGGCACCGAGUACGUGUUCUACAACGACACCAAGGUCGUCUUCCUGUCCCCGGCCGUCCCCGAGGAGCCAGACGCCUACAACCUCACGGUGCUGGUCCAGAUGGACGGGCACCAGGCCCUGCUCAAGACCGAGUCCGGCGCCUUCGAGUACGUGCCCGACCCCACCUUCGAGAACUUCACGGGCGGCGUGAAGAAGCAGGUCAACAAGCUGAUCCACGCCCGGGGCACCAACCUGAACAAGGCCAUGACGCUGCAGGAGGCCGAGGCCUUCGUGGGCGCCGAGCGCUGCGUCAUGAAGACGCUCACGGAGACCGACCUGUACUGCGAGCCCCCCGAGGUGCAGCCCCCGCCCAAGCGGCGGCAGAAGCGCGACACGACGCACAACCUGCCGGAGUUCAUCGUGAAGUUCGGCUCGCGCGAGUGGGUGCUGGGCCGCGUGGAGUACGACACGCGUGUGAGCGACGUGCCGCUCAGCCUCAUCCUGCCGCUGGUCAUCGUGCCCAUGGUGGCCGUCAUCGCGGUGUCCGUCUACUGCUACUGGAGGAAGAGCCAGCAGGCGGAGCGCGAGUACGAGAAGAUCAAGUCGCAGCUGGAGGGCUUGGAGGAGAGCGUGCGUGACCGCUGCAAGAAGGAGUUCACGGACCUGAUGAUCGAGAUGGAGGACCAGACCAACGACGUGCACGAGGCCGGCAUCCCCGUGCUGGACUACAAGACCUACACGGACCGCGUCUUCUUCCUGCCCUCCAAGGACGGCGACAAGGACGUGAUGAUCACGGGCAAGCUGGACAUCCCCGCGUCGCGGCGGCCGGUGGUGGAGCAGGCGCUCUACCAGUUCUCCAAUCUGCUCAACAGCAAGUCCUUCCUCAUCAACUUCAUCCACACGCUGGAGAACCAGCGGGAGUUCUCGGCCCGCGCCAAGGUGUACUUCGCGUCGCUGCUGACGGUGGCGCUGCACGGGAAGCUCGAGUACUACACGGACAUCAUGCGCACGCUCUUCCUGGAGCUCAUGGAGCAGUACGUGGUGGCCAAGAACCCCAAGCUGAUGCUGCGCAGGUCCGAGACGGUGGUGGAGAGGAUGCUGUCCAACUGGAUGUCCAUCUGCCUGUACCAGCACCUCAAGGACAGCGCCGGCGAGCCCCUGUACAAACUGUUCAAGGCCAUCAAGCACCAGGUGGAGAAGGGCCCCGUGGACGCCGUGCAGAAGAAGGCCAAGUACACGCUCAACGACACGGGGCUGCUGGGGGACGACGUGGAGUACGCGCCGCUGACAGUGAGCGUGAUCGUGCAGGACGAAGGGGUCGACGCCAUUCCAGUCAAGGUCCUCAACUGCGACACCAUCUCCCAGGUGAAGGAGAAGGUCAUCGACCAGGUAUACCGCACGCAGCCCUGCUCCUGCUGGCCCAAGCCCGACAGCGUGGUCCUCGAGUGGCGACCGGGGUCCACGGCCCAGAUUCUGUCCGACCUGGACCUGACCUCGCAGCGGGAGGGCCGGUGGAAGCGCAUCAACACGCUGAUGCACUACAACGUCCGGGACGGCGCCACCCUCAUCCUGUCCAAGGUGGGGGUCUCCCAGCAGCCGGAGGACAGCCAGCAGGACCUGCCUGGGGAGCGCCACGCCCUGCUGGAGGAGGAGAACCGCGUGUGGCACCUGGUGCGGCCGGCGGACGAGGUGGAUGAGGGCAAGUCCAAGCGCGGCAGCGUCAAGGAGAAGGAGCGGACCAAAGCCAUCACCGAGAUCUACCUGACGAGGCUGCUGUCGGUUAAGGGCACGCUGCAGCAGUUCGUGGACAACUUCUUCCAGAGCGUGCUGGCGCCCGGCCACGCCGUGCCGCCCGCGGUCAAGUACUUCUUCGACUUCCUGGACGAGCAGGCGGAGAAGCACGACAUCAAGGACGAGGACACCGUGCACAUCUGGAAGACCAACAGUUUACCCCUCCGGUUCUGGGUGAACAUUCUCAAGAACCCCCACUUCAUCUUCGACGUGCACGUCCACGAGGUGGUGGACGCCUCCCUGUCGGUCAUCGCGCAGACCUUCAUGGACGCCUGCACGCGCACGGAGCACAAGCUGAGCCGCGACUCUCCCAGCAACAAGCUGCUGUACGCCAAGGAGAUCUCCACCUACAAGAAGAUGGUGGAGGACUACUACAAGGGCAUCCGGCAGAUGGUGCAGGUCAGCGACCAGGACAUGAACACACACUUGGCGGAGAUCUCCCGGGCACACACGGAUUCCCUGAACACGCUCGUAGCGCUGCACCAGCUCUACCAGUACACGCAGAAGUACUACGACGAGAUCAUCAAUGCCUUGGAGGAAGACCCCGCUGCCCAGAAGAUGCAGCUGGCUUUCCGCCUGCAGCAGAUUGCAGCUGCACUUGAGAAUAAGGUCACCGACCUCUGAACUCUGACCUCCAAUGCUGCCUCGGGCACAGGUGAUGUGCCCCAGCAUCUGGAGUGGCUGUGGCAGGGCCCCGCCCCGAGCUGCAGCCGGUAGCAUCUCUCCUGAGCAAUACUGCCCGGGCGCCCUCACCAGCACCAGCUCCCUCCGUGGGACCAGCAGCAGGUGUUCUGUGUCCAGUCUUCUGAGUGAUUUGCAAACGUGCCUUAUGAUGCCACAGUGGGGCAGUCGGGCCUCAGCCUCCCCCCUACGCACCAGCAGCCACCUCAGAUACCUGGGCUUGGCCUCUGGGUGGGGUCUGAGUGCCUGCAGCCCCCCCUCCCGGGGCAAGUUCCCAGACCUUGUGUCCGUCUGUCCACCAGGAUGGAAAGAGGAGAAAAAGCGGUACGAUGCCUUCCUGACCUCACCCGGCCUCCCCAGGGGCUGCCAGCACUCUGGGUGGACUUAAGGGCCGCUGGGCCCCACCUCAAAGGUGGGCGUCAGACGUCGGGGCCCUGGUGGCCAGAGGAGGCCCAGCAAAAUGGGGGUCCUGGAGGCCCUGCCCUGGUCUGGGGGGGUGCUGGGGGCAGCUCCACCAGGAUCCCCCCCCAUCCUUUUUGUAAAUUUUGUUCAUUGUAAAUCAAAUACAGCUGUCUUUUUCA